UCGACGAUCUCCUCGGUCUCGAUGGAGUCUCAUCGCUCGUUUGUUCAGCGAUUCGUUUCUUAUCGCGACCGGGACCAGUGAGCGCUUUUUGAGAUCACUCACGGCGAGUCUCUCUCUCUCUCUCUCUCUUCGCGUGAACGCGUGCGCGCGCGCGUCUUGCUGUGCACGCACGAGGAAUCUCGUGUCAGUCGACUUUGGUCUCGCGAUGCGAUAUUUUCUCGCCACUAAUUCACACACGCGUGUCUAAACCUUGCAGGUGCGCAGCAGUGUGUCUUCGACGAGAACAGAGCGAGUUGUUCUUGCCGCGAGCGAUUAACAUAUGUACGAACACGUUCGAAUCAGUGCCGCGAGAUUAGCCGUGGUCGUGGGCACUCUGGAGAGUCCGCGAACCGGGACGGUUGAUUCCCGGAAUUGAAGAGGUGUGAUAUCUCGUGGUCGCGUCGCCGUCGUGGGAUCGAGAAUCUACCUGUAUCAUCCCAUCCAAGCGUCCAUCACCCACCAUUCAUCCCCGUCUGUACGUCGUCGCCGUUCAUGUUCCCGAGAUCUACGCUCAUGUCGGGCAGCAUACGCCACGCGGAAUCGUCGCUGGAGACCCGCCCCCAGUCAUGUAAUGCCACGAGGACCCGGCCAAAUUAGCGGAAUUCGGUAGUGAAUAUUUUCUCGCGACUUGAAGAACCUCGUUCCCGUUGAAAUUUCGUCCCGCGAGUCUGACCCCGCGGAGACUGGGUGAUGAACUCGGGGUACAAGCGGAAGAGCGCCGUUGAAAGAUGUUCCGCUCCAAGAUUCGCAUUCACACGUGUCAAGUGAUAUUGCUGACGUCGCUGGUAUGGUUCCUGGUCGACGUCAUGGUGCUGAUGCUCUAUUCGGACUGCAUCGGAGGGUCCGGAUGGGGUUGUUCGGAUAACAAGCAGCAGCAGCAGCAGGCGCUGUCGGAGGAGCCAAUUCAACGGUUCCAUCCGAAGAACCUGGUGAGGGAGACGUCGUCCAAGCAAGAGUCCAGCAAGAGACAAUAUCCGCAGUCAAGGUUGCAACUGUGGCGGCCGGCGAAGGUCGUCCGUGAGAAUAAAGGCAGCCCCGGCGAGAUGGGAGCGGCUGUGCAUAUUCCGCCGGAGAACGAAGCCAAGCAGCAAGAGCUGUUUAAGCUGAAUCAGUUUAAUUUGAUGGCCAGCGACAUGAUCUCCUUAAAUCGAUCUUUAAAGGACAUCAGGCUCGACGGCUGUAAGAAUAAGAAGUACAAUAAGUAUCUUCCAGACACAAGUAUCGUCAUAGUUUUCCAUAACGAGGCGUGGACCACUCUGCUGAGGACGGUUUGGUCCGUCAUAAACAGAUCUCCCCGAUCAUUGCUGAAGGAGGUUAUCCUGGUGGACGAUGCGAGUGAGCGCGAUCACCUGAAGCAAGACUUAGAAGACUACAUAGCGACAUUACCAGUUCCCACGUAUGUAUAUCGCACCGAGAAGAGGUCGGGCUUGAUAAGAGCGAGGCUUCUCGGAGCGAAGCACGUGAAAGGACAAGUGAUCACAUUCCUAGAUGCGCAUUGCGAAUGUACCGAGGGCUGGUUAGAGCCGCUGCUCUCGAGAAUCGCGAACGACAGACAUACUGUGGUUUGCCCGAUCAUAGAUGUGAUCAGCGACGAUACCUUCGAGUACAUCCCGGCCAGUGACAUGACGUGGGGAGGCUUCAAUUGGAAACUGAACUUCAGAUGGUACAGAGUCGCGCAGAGAGAGAUGGACAGAAGAAACAGCGACCGAACAGCACCGCUGCGAACGCCGACCAUGGCCGGCGGAUUAUUCUCCAUCGACAAGGAGUACUUCUAUGAGUUGGGCGCGUACGACGAAGGCAUGGACAUCUGGGGCGGUGAAAAUCUCGAGAUGAGUUUCCGAGUGUGGCAAUGUGGCGGAACAUUAGAAAUCAGUCCGUGCUCACAUGUGGGACAUGUAUUCCGGGACAAGAGCCCAUAUACAUUCCCCGGCGGUGUCAGCAAGAUAGUCCUGCACAAUGCGGCCAGGGUGGCCGAAGUCUGGAUGGAUGAGUGGAGAGAUUUUUACUAUGCCAUGAAUCCAGGCGCGCGGAACGUCGACGUCGGUGACGUGUCCGAACGAGUGAAGCUCAGAGAGCGGCUCAAGUGCAAGAGCUUCAGAUGGUACUUGGAGAAUAUAUAUCCGGAAUCACCGAUGCCGUUAGACUAUUACUAUCUCGGUGACGUAAAGAAUGUUGAAGCGCAAACCUGCCUGGAUACGAUGGGCAGGAGGACCGGGGAGAACGUUGGGAUUAGUUAUUGCCAUGGAUUAGGUGGCAAUCAGGUAUUCGCUUAUACUAAACGGCAACAGAUAAUGUCCGACGAUAUGUGCCUUGAUGCAGCUAGUCCGCAAGGUCCUGUGAAGAUCGUACGAUGUCAUGGAAUGGGUGGUAAUCAAGCGUGGGUGUACAACGACGAGACCAAGAUGAUCAGGCACACGAACACGGGCCAUUGCCUGUCGAAACCCCACUCGGGCGACGCGUCGCAACCUGUCCUGACGCAAUGCGAUCCCAACAACAUCGGUCAAAAGUGGAUCAUGCGUAGCAAAUUCAAGUGGCAAGCCAGCUAAUAUACGAGUCGACCCUAAACACAAGAUUUACACGCAAUAUUUGUUAAUAUAUUUAAUAAUAACAGAGAGACAAACUGUUUACUCCGCGAGGUAUUCGAGUGCGCGAACGAGAGGCAAAGAAAGGAAAAGAAAAGAAGAUAAUCGAAUAUUACAAUCAGUGGAGAAGAAACUGUUUACAUCUAAUAGGCAUCUAAUUGGCAAUCUAGAUGGCAUCAUGGACGCAAUGACGAGGGGACGCAGUGCACAAGGAAAGUCAACUGUCGUUCGAGCACGAAAUCGGGCAAUCGGAGAUCGUAGUUAAUUCGUUUUAUCCCGUAGGAUUUAAUUACCAAUGAUAGCAGCAUCGGGAAUUUGUUGCCAUUCCUUGUGCUAUGCAUUGAUCCAACACGCACGAGUGACAGGAAUAAUCUCCGAUCGCGUGUGAAUACGAGUGAUACUAAAUAACGAACAAGUGAACGUUUUCUUUUUCUUCUUUCCUGACUUAAGCAGCAGAGAAGAAAGCAUAUCAGACCACUGUUAUAAAUAAUUGUUGAUAUAAAAGAGAAAAAGCGCGCGAGAGAGAGAGAGAGAGAGAGAGAUUUGAUAACUUUCGGAUGAGUGCAAUGACGGAUGACUGACCGUUAGAUGCGGUGUGAUGAUGAAAUGUGAAUAUGUUAAGAUACAUAGUACGUUCGGUCAUUUUAUCCUGAUAUUAUGACUGAGCGGAAUGCUGGAAUGUUAGUGAAAAAUCAAUGUGACGCUGAACUGCGCGAUAAUAUAGAAAUGAUUAUUGUACAAUUCACUAAUUAAUUAAGGAAGAGCACCGGACCUUUUUAUAUUCAUGUUUCUGACAGUUCCUCGUUGCAUCUCGUUCGUAUAAUUUAACUGUUACGCAUCAUUUCACACGAAGAAUGUACUUAUCUGAGAAUGCCUGAAUUAUUCAUAGAGCGAGGUUACAACCUUACAUUUUGUCGGGUUUUAGUUAGACGCGUACGCGAUUGUCGACUGUCGUUAAGGAGACCUAACACGCGAUUUAUGAAUGUACAGAGUGUCUUCCAUGUUUUAACGAUAUCAAACGAAUAUUUUUCCGGUUUUAUGAUUAGCACACAUUUGCGAAUUAUAUUUGUUAAUCGUGCGUGUCCAAAAAAAUACUUAACCGGUGAGUGAUGGUGCCAUAAAAAAGAUUAUGCCGUUUGAUUGUCUCUAAGCAAACGUCGCGGUGCCUUUGAACGUGUGACUGGGCUAAAUUCAAAUAGAAGAUCCGUAAUAACUGCAAGUUGAAGGAAUCACGUUUUAUUUGAGCGCGGUGUUUUAUAGCGCGACCACUCACCAGGAUUAAACGGUAAAUUUAGUUUAAAUAUGUGACAUUGAUGUCAAAAGAGAAUUACAAUCAUAAUGUUCUACAAGAUUGACAAACAGAA